AUGUCGCGUCCAGCCUCGUUACGGGACGCCCCGUACCAAACCAGCUUUGGUACAUCAAACGAGCGUGAAUUCUAUAAGUACUUACCGCCGUACCAUUUGAAAGCGCACGCCCUUCACCAUAUCGGUCCCAUUACUCCGUCGAAGGAAUUUGUCGCUCGAUCGUCGGUGGACCCCGUUCUGACGGCGUUUGCCCAACUGGGUACUUUGCGACUCGAUGCCCAACGCACCCUGAUUUCACUAUUCAGUCGAAACGAGCAGCACAUUCUUACCGAAGCCACCCGAACCCUAAGCCUACAAGAUGACACCGACCACAAUUGCCAGGAUGAGCUUUGGCUCGGUAGCUGCACGGUGUCAUACGAUCGCAGUUUCUGCAGAUCUGUUAUGAAGCCGGUUGCAAAUGCGCAAACCCCUAGUGACCGAGUCUUCGUCGUGCCAGAUCUCACACAAGAUGAUGAGUUCAAGGACCACCCCGAUGUCACAUCGUUCCCGAAUGUUCGAUUCUUAGCUUCUAGCCCUAUCAUCAGCCCAAAGGGUAUCGUGAUAGGUGCCUACACGGUUCUCGACGAUAAACCACACGGUCCUUUGGAUACCAGUUUGCUGAAGUUCCUGGCUGAUGUAGGGGCCACUGUCAUGAAUUAUUUGGAAACAUGCCGGGCGAGAAGUCAACAUCUCCGAAGUGAGCGUAUGAUUGUUGGACUUGGGAGCUAUCUUGAGGGGAAAGGCAGUUUGCGCAACUCGUGGCUCAUCGAAACCGAUGACCCUCGAAUCCAGGCUGACACAAAUGACACAUCCGAGGGCCAUAUCAAUCAAGAACAACAGGAGAAGCAAAUUUCCCAGGACGUGCAUUUGGCCAUGGCACGAAAUGCCCCGUCUAGUCAUCUGCCUUUCCAUCCGUAUAACCUUCAUAUUCCCCGGAAUCAGAGGCCUCAGCCCAAUGAGGAGAGUCAUCAGCCGGUGGUCAAGAUAGAUACCAGCAAACGAGAUGCCAAGGCCCAAUUCAAGCUCGACCAGACAUCCAGGGCAGCCAUCACAGUUGGCGAUGAGCGAAAAUCACCGAGAGAAGAUUAUGCAGCCAAGGUGAAGGAAACCUUUUCUCGUGCGGCCAACCUCAUUCGCGAGAGUAUCGAAGUUGAAGCGGUUGUCUUUUUCGAUGCCCAGUUUCGCUCUCAAGAGUCUUUGGUCAACCAUGCGAAGUCUGACACUGAGAGUAGUGGUCUCGAGAGCUCUUUUUAUUCCUCGAGUGAGGAUGAGUCCAGAUAUCAAGAAGCGCUUGGACAGGAGGAUCUUCUGGGUGUAAAUCAAGACGCCCCUGCUGGCAAAAACACGUCAAACCCCUGCCAGAUACUUGGGUUCUCAACGUCAAGUGCGUCCAGCGUCAGCGAAGAAUCGAACGAAAAUAACCAAAUCGCAUUAUCAGAGUCUUUCCUCGGGGGACUCCUGCACCGUUAUCCGCGAGGAAAGAUUUUCAACUUUGGCGAAAAAGGCACAAUUUCUUCCGAUGAUACCAGCGAUGGUGUUUUUAAAAGAUUCUUCCGGCGCACUGGGGGCAAGAAGUAUAAAAAAACACGGAAAGCUUUAGUACGCCAGGAUGCCGAAGCGCUUCUUCAACUCGCGCCCGAUUCUCGAAGCAUCGUUUUCUCGCCAUUGUGGGAUUCACACAAAGGAAGAUGGUACUCAGGAAGUCUUACGUGGACACGAGCCCCCCAUCGUGUGUUCACACCCAAUGAGGAAUUAGCUUUUCUACUGGCAUUCGGAAACAGUGUUAUGGCUGAAGUACAUCGGCUCGGUGCCCACUUUUCCGAGCGGGCAAAGUCAGAUCUACUUGCAGGACUCAGUCAUGAGCUUAGGUCUCCUCUUCACGGCAUUUUCGGUACUGCGGAGCUCCUCAAUGAUACUGUGAUCGACGCGCUACAGCGUGGUUUCGUUCAUACCAUCGGGGCCUGUGCAUUUACACUCUUGGGUUCAAUCAACCAACUUCUUGAGUAUGCCAGCAUAAAUGAUGUUCGGCCAAACUCCCUCGCUAGAACGCCUGGUGGAAGCCAACCUAAACCUUUCUCGGGGCGCAGUUCCGCCGAUGAGAGUCCAAGCUAUGGGAAGGUCGAUGUUGACUCCUAUGUUGAACUCGAUGCUGCCGUGGAAGACGCCGUAGAAACAGUCUUUGCGGGCUUUUCUUUCUUCGACAGCUCACGCUCUCCUCUUCGGGGCGUUGCCGGCUUCUCAUCACCAACCAAACCAUAUAUCUCCCAGGGGGGAGUUAAGGUGAUCCUAGAUAUUGAUUCUGCAAAGAGUUGGAAAUUUUCAACUCGGCCCGGCGCUUGGCAUGUGAUCCUAACGAAUAUCUUCGGGAAUGCCCUCAAGUUUACUCAAAGCGGGUACAUCCAUGUCUCCUUGAAGGCAGCCCCAGCCGAAUUUGGAACGAAUGGUGAGGCCACACGGUCAAAGGUCACGGUGACCAUCAAAGACACUGGAUGUGGUAUUGGCCCAGACUAUCUCAACAACGGCUUGUUUACUGCUUUUUCCCAAGAAGAUAGCAUGACAACUGGUAAUGGACUUGGGCUCAACAUCACCCGUCGAAUAGUAUCCUCACUUGGGGGCAGCAUCCAGGUCAACUCUGAGAAGGAUAUCGGCACUGAAGUUAUCACGACCGUGGCUCUCGAUCACUUCUUCGAGCCUGAUCCUUUGGAUGACCUCGAUACUCGCCCCCCUGUACCAAUGACAAAAGCACUUGUUCAGGGUAAAGCCAUUGGUGUGUUAGGUCUAGGGACAUCUCACUUGGACAGUGCACUUUGUUCAUCCUUGCAAAUGCUCUGUCGAGAUUGGUUCGGCAUGAAUGUUUCCUUGGUUGUCCCGUCGCAGACACAAUUCGACCAUUGUGACUUCUACAUUUCGCCCCAUGAAUUCCUAGAUCUUGGGAAUUUAGAGAUCAAGCCUAUUGCCCCUGGUCCAAAUACCCGGUCCACUUCUCCUGUCAUAAUCAUAUGCUCAUCUCCAAGCAUUGCGCAUUCGAUGUCUGCGAGCGCCCAGAGGCGAGGAGAUACAGAGGUCCUUGAGUUUAUUAGCCAGCCAUGUGGGCCACGCAAGUUGGCAAAUACAUUGGAAAUUUGCAUCAAGCGUCAACAGCAACGGCUUGAUUCUGCGAGUGGUACAAUUAGAAGACGACCAAGGCCAGCCGAGUCUUCAUCCACCGACGAUGACCUUGAAGGGAAUUCGCUUCUCAGCACGCCAACCAGCGGUUUCAGCGAAGAGCCUAAGAUUGAAAUAAAAGACCGCGCACUUCUUUCCAACCAGGCCUUGAAGAGUAUCCCUACGCCGCAAAUUUUAUCUCCAGGUGAUGUGGAUGGCCCAUAUAUGUCUCCAGUUGCUGCGGAAGAAGACCUGUUUGUCGCAAAAGUACUUGAUACAGGAUCCGAGCCUCGGCCGAUUCCUCCGAUGACUGUCCUUCUUGUGGAUGACAAUGAUAUCAACCUACGGCUCUUGGUAGCGUUCAUGAAAAAAUUGAAAUGUGACUACGCGCUUGCACAAAAUGGAGAAGAAGCUCUGGACUUCUUCAAGGCAAAUGCCUCCAAUAUCGGCAUUAUCGUUAUGGAUAUCUCCAUGCCGAUCAUGGACGGCCUCGUAGCCACACGGCGAAUCCGUGAGUUUGAGAAGUCGUUGGCAAACAAGGACCGUGUCACGAUUGUCGCUCUUACUGGCCUCGCGCAAGCCGACGUGCAACGCGAUGCUACGGGAUCUGGUAUGGAUUUGUUCCUGACAAAACCCGUGCGGUUGGACAGUCUAGUACCAAUCAUCAAGGGCAUACUACCUAUAACCCAUCCCAUAUGGGAAGGUCAGAAGUGA